AAGAGAAGCUCAUUACGAUAGUGGUGGUACACAAUUCCAAGCUACAAACUUUACUCAGAGAGAGAGAGGUUUUGUGCAAGCCUAUCAGCUACUUUCAACUCGGUUCUCUCAUUUUGCCACCAGAGAAACCAAAUGGGGGAGGAACAGAAGAAACUAGAGGAAAAGAAUCCGGAGGAAAAGAAACCAGAGGAAGGGAAAAAACCAGGGGAAGAGAAAAGAGAAGACCCAAAAUCCGAAAAACCAAGCGACGGAAAGGGAGAAGAGAAAAAAGGAGAGGAACCCAAGGAUGGAAAAGAUUCCAAAGACCCACCACCUCCUCCUCCUCCUCAAGAGAUUGUUCUCAGAGUCUUCAUGCAUUGCGAAGGUUGCGCCAGAAAAGUCCGUCGAUGCCUCAAAGGGUUCGAAGGAGUUGAGGAUGUUGAGACGGAUUGCAAGACGCAUAAGGUCGUUGUGAAGGGAGAAAAGGCAGAUCCAUUGAAGGUACUUGAGAGAGUACAGAAAAAGAGUCACCGACAGGUUGAGCUUCUCACUCCGAUCCCGAAACCGCCGGCCGACGAACCCAAAAAAGUUGAAGAGAAAGAAAUUGCCAAACCCGAACAAAAAACAGAGGAGCCUCAGGUGAUUACAGCGGUUUUGAAAGUCCACAUGCAUUGUGAGGCUUGUUCGCAAGUAAUCAAGAAACGUAUAGAAAGAAUGAAAGGUGUUGAGAGUGCAGAGCCAGAUCUAAAGAGCUCACAAGUGACAGUGAAAGGGGCGUUGGAGCCACAAAAUCUGGUGGAAUACAUACACAAGAGAACAGGGAAGCAGGCAGUGAUUGUGAAGGUAGACCCAGAGAAGAAAGAGGGAGAAGAUAAAGCCAAAGAAGAGAAAAAAGGAGAAGAAAAGGAUGACAAGAAAGUUGAAGAAGAGAGCAAAGAGAAGAAGAAGGAAGCCAUUGAAGAAGCUGCAAAAGCAGCAGCAGCAGCAGCAGCGGCAGAGGGAGAAGAACCAGAGCCCAUAAUUGAGCUAAAAAAGAAUGAAUAUCGCAACUACUACCCACACAACUUCCAGCUCUAUCAUCAAGGUUUUACCCAAGAAUAUUAUGCAUUCCCCCCUCCUCCUCCUCAAAUCUACAUUGAUGGAAACCCUAAUGCAUACCCUCCUCAAAUCUUCAGUGAUGAAAACCCUAAUGCAUACCAUCCUCAAAUCUUCAGUGAUGAAAACCCUAAUGCAUGCUCAGUUAUGUAAAUUUUGAGGAAUCUUAGGGGUGCAAUGGGGAAUUUUGGGUUGUGGGGUGGCACAUGGGUAAUGUCCAUGGCUGUUUUCUUCUUCAGACCUUUGUUGUGCUCUGCAUGUGGCUAUGUUUGGGGCUCUAGGUGGGAAAGCUGUGUUAUUUUGUGAGGUUUUUGUACUUUUUUGGUCUUAUGUAUUAUAAUCUCUGUCACAUACUAUAAAACAACAGUGCAUUAAGGGUAUAUAAAAAUGCUUAAGAUGUUGUACAUAUUU